GUGGAUUAACUUCAGCGCCAGUCUCUCGUAGAUCAAGACGUUCUUCGCUCGAGGUCGUAUGUAGCAAAAUGGCCGUUCGACCAAAGUGAGUGUGACGUUUCGCGAGGUGAUUGUAUCGUUGUUUCAUGUGGUUUCUAUGAAUAAUCGUUCAUGUGACAUAGUGUUAUUGUGCUUCCUGUGUAUAUCCGCAGGUCCGGCAGGAAAAAUCACGUAUACGAUAAGAGGAGAACAUACUUGGAGGAUGGACAAUCAAUUUAAAAUAUAGGUUCACAAAGGUUACUGCGGGAGUUGCGAUGCCAACGUACCACAAUGCGGGUGGCGGAUACCCGAAUGUGUCAGCGCCAGCGCGGCAAGCGAAGCUCGACGGCAACCAGAAUCACCAUACGAUCCCCUCAAACGUAACGUCCCAUCCCCUAUUACAGAACAGCACGCAACACAACGUUCCUUCCAACUUGUCUACAAGCAACAUUCCGUCCCACCCAGUAUCACCGACAAUGACUACGCAUUCGAACGUCGUCGCUCCAAAUCUAACGAGUCACAUGAACACCGGUUCACCGCCGGUGAUCCUCACCGCGAACAUCACAAACCCCAGCAAUCCUACCGCGUUAGCGGUGAAUCCGAGACACGAGGUCAAACUGAACGCUAUGCCAUGGUUUCACGGGAAAAUAUCGCGGGAAACUGCCGAGAGAUUGUUGCGACCUAGAGAAGACGGCCUGUUCCUAGUCCGGGAGUCGACGAAUUUCCCCGGCGAUUAUACGCUGUGCGUGUGCUAUCAGGGUCGGGUGCAGCACUACCGUGUGAAAUACAAGAACAAUCAGCUGACCAUUGACGACGAGGAGUUCUUCGAGAAUUUGGCGUUGUUGGUCGAGCACUACGAGCAAGAUGCGGAUGGCCUGUGCACGCAGCUGACCAAGUCCCUGCCGAAACAGGGGAAACAGGACUUCUGCGUGGACCCGAAGGCGUUUAUGGAGGCUGGCUGGGUGAUCCAGACCCACGAACUAGAACUAAGGGAGUGCAUCGGCAAGGGAGAAUUCGGGGAUGUGUUGCUGGGCGUCUAUCGGGGCGAAAGGGUCGCAGUGAAGAUGCUGAAGGACAACAGCGAGGCAGCUCAGAGGUUUCUAGCCGAGGCUAGCUUGAUGACGUCGCUGAUCCACGACAACCUGGUGAAGCUGCUGGGCCUCGUUUUCAAUAAUCAACACAUGUACCUGGUUACGGAGUAUAUGAGCAAAGGAUCCCUGGUGGAUUAUCUGAGAUCACGGGGUAGAUUGCACGUCUCCAAGAAGGAUCAGAUCAACUUCGCCUACGACACGUGCGCUGGCAUGGCGUAUUUGGAGUCCAGGCACGUAGUGCACAGAGAUCUGGCCGCGAGAAACGUUCUCGUUGCGGAGGACAAUUCUGCCAAAGUGUCCGACUUCGGGCUGGCAAGGGACGAGAACUUUUCCCUCGAGGGCGGCAAGCUGCCCAUCAAAUGGACUGCACCAGAGGCUUUAAAGCAGAAUAAGUUUUCAAAUAAGUCUGAUAUGUGGAGUUUUGGCAUACUUUUGUGGGAGAUUUAUUCCUUUGGCCGUGUACCAUACCCACGAAUUCCAUUGGCGGAUGUUGUAAAAUGCGUAGAAAAGGGAUACAAAAUGGAGCAACCAGACGGUUGUCCGCACGAGGUUUACGACAUUAUGAGACAAGCAUGGGACUUGCAACCUGAAAAGCGACCUACUUUUCACGAUAUAAAAUUAGUGUUGGGUCAACUGAAAUCGGAGUACACCAAAGGUGUGAAUUAAAAAGGGACACCACUUAUUUGUGGUAGACUUGAUAUAGAAAAUAUGGGAAACACGGAAUUAGCACUUCCAGGAAUGAUACUUCAUCGAAAUCAGGGUCGAGGUAGUGACUCUAAAUACUUCUCUCGAGGGAACGCAAUGUGUUUUUCUUUCAUUGUAUAUUUUUUUCUCAUUGUACAAAAUAGUAUCCAUAUCGCUUGUAUUUAUUGUUUACUUUAAUUACCUAAAGAUAGAGCCUGUUUGAGUUUGUUUCUUGUGUUUGUUUUUUUUUCGUAUAAGAGUAUUCUGCAUACACAUUCACCUGCGUCAAUCGUGCCUUUGGCCAAGUUAAAGUUCACGACAGAAGAAAAGAUGGAAGAAAGGAAUUUUGACUUGUAGUACUUGUCUUCGGGUAGUACUUAGAAAGAGAAUACAGAGCUGGAAGAUUCUUUAAAUACGAAAUACUUAUCUAUUACUUAAUUCCUUUUUAUAAUCAGAUUUUUUUGGACGGAAAACGCGACAAUUUUGUUACGACCGCGCAAAUUAUGUGAACUUUCUUUUCUAAUAAUUUUCGUUGUUUUUACGACUUUAGAAAUGUUUUCAGGUGUAUGAAGCGCCUUCAUUGAACUGAAUUUUAACAGAGAAAUAAAUAGAAAAUUGUCGCUAUACAGUACUCAUUUAUACAAUACCUUUUUGGACUUAAGCUCAUAAGGUUGGAUAUCAGCAUUUUUUCACGUAACAAUAAAACCGGACGGAUUGUAGAAGGAAUUAGAAAUUUUUACCUUAAGUGGUUCAAGAGAUCUUCACACAUUUCAAAGACGUUACAGCAAAUUGUAGAUUACAAGUUAGUCGUAUAAGUUCUUUAAUCAAAGAUUCGUCAUAGUGAAGUAUUAAUUUUUAAACUAAAUUAUUGCAACCAACGUGCAUGAAUUAUUUAAGUUAACUUGCGAGAUAUUUGACUAUAUAUGUAUAUAUGCAUAUAUAGCAGUGUAAAUGUAUCUGUAAAUACUUUUGUACAUAUCCGAUUACCGAGAAAAGAAGUAAUAUUUCGAAUACAGUUGAUAUUGAUUAGGAGAUUUAAUAUUGUGGAUUGUCCAUAAUUUUUUUUUUUAUUCUAGUUUGUAAGACAAUGAUUGAUUUACACCGCGAUAUCGAAUUGUCCAUAUGCAAUCGCACCAAUGUAACGCAAUCGUAGAGAAACUCAGACAAAUAUAAAAUAAUUAAUAUUUAAAAUAAUUAAAAAGGAUUGUAGACUUUCGUGUUAUUCUAUCUUUCUUCUGUAAUAUAGGAACCCAUGACUUAUUUAAUACUUUUUCCAACAGUUAUUAACGGGUUAAGAAUAUUUAUUCAUAGAGGAUAGGCGGAUUUCGACAAAUUAGAAGAAUGGAAGAAAAGGAGAGAGAGAAACGGGAAAAUACUGUUAAAGUAUCCUGGAUUAUUGGAAGAUUAUAAAUUGGUAUUAUAUCGGUAUAAAGUUUCUCGCUUUAAGCACAAAGUUUCUUGACAACGGAACAUUAAUGAAAAUACUUUUUGUCAGAGUUGUAUACACUCCGUGACUUAUUGUUAGAAAAUUAAAAAAAAAAUGAAAGAAACAUGGCAAUGUACUCAGUUCCUCGCAUUUGUUAAUUGUUUUGUAAUAGCAUUUGGAAGAAGGACCGUCGCGACUGAAUAAGCUUUGUAACGAUAAUUAAUUACUAAGCAACACUGUUACGUAAGAGAGCGUGUUUAUAGUCGAGUUAAUAUCAAUUGAUAACUCGAGGCCGCUCUUCUUCCUACCAUGAGUACUGUCAGACAUUACUUCCAUUGUGCAGUAUAAGAAUAGCGAAAUGUGUGAUCGAGAUAACUAGAUAAUAGACAAAACAAAUUUUUGACCAUAAUUACAUGAUGCGUUUGACUCUUUACCAAUACCUUAGAUAUAAUUAAUAAAAUUGCCGAAUAAAAUUAGCAGUAUUCUUGCAAAUUCUACUACAAAAGACAGUUUCGUAAUUGGCCUUGAGCGACAGAUUGAUCUUGAUCCGACUAUAACAGUCUGAAAGUAGUAGGUAGCCGCAUAGGUAUGUAGCGUAUUUGUAAACGUGCAGUCCAUUUAUAACUUCAAUGACAUGUAACAUAAUGUAUAUGGCUCUAAUCAGUACCUAACGUUUCUGACGAUAAUAACUCUGACCCGUGUUUUCCGCGUUACGAAGUUGUUUUCGGCGUUCUACGAAAACAGUUUCGUAUUCGACGUUACUCGUAAUCGAAUCUUGACGCUGCCCUUGCUUGGUACUUUUUACGUUUUUGCUGAAUAUCGGUCCCUCUGUACUUUGUGGUAACCUUCUUUUAGGCAGCAUGGUAUUACCCCCGACUGCGGUGUGUGAAAAAUGUUACUUGUUCUUGUGUAAUCCAUCAUGCACGCGAAUAUUUGUUACAUAAACGGCGUUAUAGUUUUCUGAAUGUGAGCAGUGUGUUAAAUUCGUUUAUUUUUUAUUCAUGAUAAAAUCUAUUAUAGAUUGUAAGAAGUUUAAUAUAUAUAUAUAUAUAUAUAUAUAUAUUAAAUGUAUAUGUAUAUAUAUAUAUAUUUAUAUAAAAAAAUAUAUGAUAUAUAAAUAUAUAUAUGUAUAUUGAAUAACAAACUACAUGGUAACCAUGGACGUGAGUGAGUUAACUUUAAACUAAGGGUGCAUCUAAUCCGCAUUCGAGGAUGAAUGAAUGUGACUGGGAGCGUACGCGACAACAAGAAAAGAAAAUAAUGGUGUAUGUUUAUGUCGGUGAUUCACGUUUUUUGGCCUCUACAAAUCCGGUCUGUAACGAUUCCUGAGAAUAUUCAAGUAGUUCGACCAUGGUUUCGUGUUGUUACUCCCUCUACAAUUCUAAAGAUUCUCAAUAGGGCAGCUAUAGCGGGAACUAAAUUGGUUCGGAUACCAGGCAUAGCGACAGUUAAUGAAGUGAAUUAACGGUUAAUAAAGGAAGAGAAGUUACACUGCAUUUGUUCACCGGUUGUAAUUAUUUCUAGCCGUGGGACAAAUGUGUGAUUUAUGUAUUCGUAAUGUUUUUAGUGUGACAAAUUCGUGUACAGAAUAUUUCACAGAAUGCGGAUAUGAGAAGCUGAAAAUACAUUCGAGAAAGGAAAUAAUGAAAUAAAGAAUCGUAUAAAUAUUUGCCGUAUUUGAUGUUCAUUUUUGCUUAUAUCUUUAGUUUAAUGUACAAAUAUUUUUAUAACCGACUAGUUAUUUAAUUCUUUUCAUAAAAAAUGUUUUCGCAAAGAAUAUAUACUUUCUAGAAAAAUUAAUUUCAUAAAAAUUAUAUUUGUGAUGAUCUGCUCGGCUAGAUUACUUUGCACGGAAAUUAACAUUGUAAUAAAACGUUUUUAAUAGAUUCAUGGCUAGUUCUGUAUUCUAGGAAAUAUCCUGUACAUAGGUAUUCAGAAAGUUUGCGCCGUAAUACGUUACUGGGUCUUCCAAAGACAUCCAGCAUUUGAAGAGACGUUCUUACGAUGUUCGAUGGUGCAUUUAAAAAAUUCGAGUUACGCACGGAGGAGAAUUUCAUUCCGCACAUAAAGGAGAAACGCGACAAUUGUAAUAAAUUUGCCUCUUAUUAUCUCGUUACUUUUCUUAUUUAAUCUCCAAUGUUAUACUUUACUGCCAAAUGCUAAUAAACUCGUGAUAUUCGGUC